AUGUGGACUACACAACGAAGUGAGAGCAUGAACGCAUUUUUUGAUGGAUAUGUGAACUCAAAGACAACUUUAAAGCAAUUUGUGGAACAGUAUGAUAAUGCGUUGAGAAGUAAGGUUGAGAAAGAGAUGAAAGCAGACUUUAAAUCUCGAAACAAAUUGUAUGAUUGCUUAACAUGGUUUGAGUUUAGUGGCAUUAUGUGUGCCCAUGCAAUUACUGUGCUACUUGAGAGGUGUAUAUAUCGACUAUUUUAUUAUCGUGUGAAUCUUGUCAAAGAGGAGGGAGCAAUUUGUACUUAUCAUGUGAAGGAAACUGUUCUUGUGAGUGAGAAAAUGAAGACUGUGGAAUUUGUUGUGCCAGAUAAAUACAUUGUAUCAAGAUGGAGAAAAGAUAUCGAAAGAGGGUACACAUGCAUUCCAACCGCAUACACUAAAGUCGGGGCUGUUCUUAAUGCAAAGUUACAUGAAAAAUACCACAAGAUGUUGGACAAAAUCAUAGAAAUUUCUGCCAACAAUAAUGGUAAACACGAAGUGCUUGAUCUUGGGUUGAUAGAAAUCAAUGAUAGAGUGAGAAAAGAUCAAUCGGGUAGUGCGAGUCAUGCACCACCUUCUACUAGUGACGUGCCACCUUCUACUAGUAAUGUACCACCUUCUCAUAGUUCGUUGAGAAGUCCAUCUGCUCGUAGUACUACAAAAGCAAGCAUGUCUUGCAAGAUGCUUAGUCUUAUAGUUGCUCGCCAAAGAGGACGUCCAUAUACCAAACGGAAGGUUAGCAAAGUGGAUGAAAUAGUGAAUCAAUUGAAGGAAAAGAGUAAAAAGCCUCCAAAAGCACGGUCACUUUUGGUCUAUAACAUUGAGAAAGAGAUCUAA